AUGAGGUGCUACAUUCAGGCCUGUAAAGUCCAUCACCUGGGCUCUGGAAGCAGCUCUCAGCUGUUCGACGGAGAGUCUGUCUCCCUGAGCUGCGAGGAGGACGACGGCUGUGCCGGACGGACGCCGAGGAGGAACACGACCAGGGACAGCAGGACUCGGUGCGGAGCUGGGUGGGGGAAACCAGCUGGUUCGUCCUGUAACAUCAGCUACGUCCUCCCACUGGACAGUGGAGUUUACUGGUGCGAGUCCGGAGAGGGAGCGACCAGUGACGGGGUCAACAUCACUGUCACUGAUCGAGACGUGAUCCUGCAGAGUCCUGUCCUGCCCGUGAUGGAGGGACGUGAUGUGACUCUGCACUGUAAAGCAAGGACCGCUCCCUCCACCCUCCCGGCCGCUUUCUAUAAAGAUGGCUCCCUCAUCGGGACCGAGCCUGCAGGUCGCAUGACCCUCCGCCAUGUUUCCCGGUCUGACGAAGGCCUCUACAAGUGUCGCAUCGGCAGCCGUGGAGAGUCUCCGUCCAGCUGGAUCGCCGUCACAGUGACUCCCACCACCACAACUCCUCCGUCACCCCUGGUUAUGUCCGUUACUACCUCCAUCUGUGGUUUUGGGCUACCGGUUGUACUGGCUCUGCUGGUGAGACGAUGUGUCCGGAGGACGCCCAAAGAUGAGACGCAGACUCACGUCACACUCAGCAUUUCAGAUAGUGGUCCAGCUCCAGUCCACUCAGCGGUGAGAAGAACAGCAGCGGUCGGUCAUGAGCCAAACAGGACGACAGGUACAGCUGCUGCAAGGAGGCUGGGAUCUAUGUUUUUAGUUGCAGGGAGGAAGGACAAGAUGGCACAAGCUUCCACCACGGCCGGAGAUCGUCUACUCUUCAAUGAGGUCGAGCUCCACACCUCCACACCAGUCCGACCGCUGACGCCCUCCUGCUGGCUCACUGCUCACCAACUGAGGAAAAUGAAGGAAACAUCUCUACUGGGUCUUUUCUUCCUGACCUCGUUGCUGUGCCGCACAACAAACCAAGCUCGUCUGACGGCGAGUCCCAGCAGCUCUCAGCUGUUCGACGGAGAGUCUGUCUCCCUGAGCUGCGAGGAGGACGACGGCUCUGCCGGACGGACGCCGAGGAGGAACACGACCAGACGACAGAUGACUGAGUGUGGAGCUGGGUGGGGGAAACCAGCUGGUUUGUCCUGUAACAUCAGCUACGUCCUCCCACUGGACAGUGGAGUUUACUGGUGCGAGUCCGGAGAGGGAGCGACCAGUGACGGGGUCAACAUCACUGUCACCGAUCGAGACGUGAUCCUGCAGAGUCCUGUCCUGCCCGUGAUGGAGGGACGUGAUGUGACUCUGCACUGUAAAGCAAGGACCGCUCCCUCCACCCUCCCGGCCGCUUUCUAUAAAGAUGGCUCCCUCAUCGGGACCGAGCCUGCAGGUCGCAUGACCCUCCGCCAUGUUUCCCGGUCUGACGAAGGCCUCUACAAGUGUCGCAUCGGCAGCCGUGGAGAGUCUCCGUCCAGCUGGAUCGCCGUCACAGGUCGGGAGGUCAAAGAGAAACCCACAUCCACCUCUUCACCUCCGUCCAGCCCGGCCCCGUCUCUCUCCAUGUUGCUGCCCGUCACACCCGUCUGUGGUCUGGUUGUACUGGUGUUACUGGUUCUGCUGGUGAGACGACGUGUUUGCAGGAAACCUGAAGUAAAAGUGGGAGAGGAUGACAUCAGAGGUGACGUCACAUACAGCGACGUCAGAAUAUUACGUCCCCAGCGACAGCCAAUCAGACGGAGUCGAGAGAUUGAUCCGGCUGCAGUCUACUCAGCAGUGAGAACGGACGACGUCAGUUAUGGACACAUAGUUUUCAAAGACAGCAAGUCAGAGACGAGAGAGAUUGAUCCAGCUGCAGUCUACUCAGCAGUGAGAACGGACGACGUCAGUUAUGGACACAUAGUCAUCAGACCAAACAGGACCAGAGCGUGUCCGCCACAGCCAGAGAUCAUCUACUCUUCACUGAGGUCGACCUUCACACCUUCACACCGGUGCGACCGCUGACGUCCAGCUGCUGGCCUGUAACUGCUCGCCACAGCCCCUCACACCAGAUUACGUUCGUUUUUUAAAACAUUUUUACGUGUUGUGUUUCUUGUUCUCACUAAAUUAGAUCCGCAGAGCAACAGAGACACAAACAUCUCAAGUUUAGAGCAACUUUUUGAUUUUUUAAAAAAAUGGCUUUUCUCCACAAAGUCAGUGAAAUAAAAAACUAAAAUGAAUGUUUCAUUUUUCAGUACACUGCACAGAGCCAACAUGUUACUUCUUUUGUCAUACUUUCAUUUAUACAUUCCUGGUGAACAUAAUCUGAUGAUAACCUCCAGCUGUUUUGUGAAUAAAGUCUUCGUUA